AUGACCGAUUCUCGAGAUAGCACUUACAAUAAAUCCACAUGGGAAGUCAAGUUUGCAGCGCGGGCAGCUGGCUCAAGUAGACUCAAGAUCAGCAUGGUGUACCAACUCGCCAUGGCUAAUCUAGCACAGCGGAAAGCAGCUGAGAAACGAAUCGUCGAACCACCCAUAUCGAAAGGAUUUACAAAAUAUAUAUCCCAAGAACCAGUACUAGGUACGGCAAGUGGCGGCUCUCAAUGGGAACUCUCCUGUGGUUACCAGUGCUAUCAAUUUAGUUCAGUUCAAAAACGAGUGGGUGAGAUCCCAGGUCCAGCGGGGAUCCAGAUUGGUUUGUCGACAACAGUGACUGGACGGUUGAAGGGAUGGAUCACCUCUAGUGGUGAAUCUUCAGCCCACUGGGCGCAUAGGGAUCCAGCACAUGCCAUGAUCACCGGUGGUGGACACAUUCCAAUCAUUUGUUGGUAUGUCUCCUUCAGAGGACUGGGCCAAGGCACGGGGCAAGGGAGGGGAAAAGAAGGACCACAUUCAAGUUUGGGGGACACUGAAUCGUGGUUGCAAGGCAGACCUGCAAAUUGUGCCUGGGCGCUUGAUUUGUUGUUUGCUCCCUGGGCCCAAUUAUCGGGCAGAUCAUUUCAGCCAAUGGUUUCUCCACAUGCCUCGGCGUUCAGGGGUCCAUCUUUUGAGUGGUUUCAUUGGCUGCUGCUGUGUAACGGUCCGGAAAACCUCAUAUUCACCUUAAAGCUUGGCAAUGAACCUAAACACAGUGAAUUAGAGAAAAACUUACUAGAUAUAUCUGCUAUUAGACGUGGCAAAGCUUUCCUGAAGGGCUCGGGAUUUCUCGGCUUGGCUCAGCCAUAA